AUGUCUAAGUCAGAGUCACCCAAAGAGCCCGAACAGCUGCGGAAGCUCUUCAUUGGAGGUUUGAGCUUUGAAACAACCAAUGCGAGUCUGAGGAGCCAUUGUGAGCAGCGGGCAGCGCUCACAGACUGUGUGGUAACGAGGGAUCCAAACACCAGGUGCUCCAGAGGCUUCGGGUUUGUCACAUAUGCCACUGUGGAGGAGGUGGAUGCGGCCAUGAAUGCAAGGCCACACAAGGUGGAUGGAAGAGUGGUGGAACCAAAGAGGGCCGUCUCAAGAGAAGAUUCUCAAAGACCUGGUACCCACUUAACUGUGAAAAACAUUUUUGUUGGUGGCAUUCAGAAAUAUCACACAGUGAACGGCCACAACUGUGAAGUAAGGAAAGCCCUAUCUAAGCGAGAGAUGGCUGGUGCUUCAUCCAGCCAAAGAGGUCGAAGUGGUUCUGGAAAUUUUGGCGGUGGUCGUGGAGGGGGUUUUGGUGGGAAUGGCAACUUUGGUCGUGGAGGAAACUUCAGUGGUCGAGGUGGCUUUGGUGGCAGCCGCGGUGGUGGGGGAUAUGGUGGCAGUGGGGAUGGCUGUAAUGGAUUUGGUAAUGAUGGAAGCAGUUUUGGAGGCAGUGGAAGCUACAAUGAUUUUGGCAGUUGCAACAAUCAAUCUUCAAAUUUUGGACCCAUGAAAGGAGGAAACUUUGGAGGCAGUAGUUCUGGCCCCUACGGUCGUGGAGGCCAAUACUUUGCCAAACCCCGAAACCAAGGUUGUUCCAGCAGCAGCAGUAGCUACGGCAGUGGCAGAAAGUUUUGA